UUUUGUUUGUUGUGUAUUUUUUUUGCUGGCCGUGUCAGUAAGAUUUUCUCUUUGUGGAGUCUCUAUUUAUGCUUUUAAUUUUUCUCUACCCUUGUUAUUUCUCUUUCUCUAAAUGGCGUUUGAGAAUAAGCUGUCGUGUCCCGUGUGCACUGAGGUCUUUUGUGAUCCUGUCUUAUUGAGUUGUGGUCACAGUUUCUGCCGUCAGUGCAUUACUGAUCUCCGGACCUUUAGAAGUGCUGUAAAAUGUCUUGUCUGUCAGCAGGUGUCUUUUCAGUCACCGGUGUCCAAUCUGUGCUUGAAGAAAGCCUGUGAGUCGUACCUGAGGGAGCAAAACAGCAGGACAGAGAGCGAUGAAGAACACGAGUGUCCGGUACAUGGAGAGAAAAUCGAGCUGUUCUGUCAAACUGAUGAAAUGGCUAUAUGCUCAACGUGUAAGAAACGUGAGCAUGGAAAGCACAAAGUACAACCACUACAACAAGCUGUACGACGACGCAAGGGGAAACUGAAAGAAGCUCUUCGUCCAGCUGAAAAGAGCUUGUUGUCAUUACUGAAUGCUACAUCACAGGAAAGCAAAAUCUCCAAGUACAUUCAGUCUCAGUCUCAGAUGACCGAGAGAAGUAUCAGGAUGGAGUUUGAGAAGCUCCAUCAUUUCCUUAGCAAAGAGGAGCAGAGAAGGAUAGCAGCUCUAAAUGAAGAAGAGAGUGAAAAGGGAGAAAAGAUGGAAAGAGUAAUACAAGAAAGAAUACUGCUUCUCUCUGAUAAAAUCAGAGAAGUGGAAGAAAGAAUGGAGGAUGAUGACAUCAACUUCCUGAAGAAUUAUCACAGCAUUAUGAACAGGACUAAAUCCACACUCCCUGAUCAGGAACUGAGUUCAGAUAGUCUUAUUGAUGUUUCCAAACAUCUGGGGAACUUGAAGUACCAAGUGUGGGAAAAUAUGAAGGACAUCUGCCCUUACUAUCCCGUGAUCCUGAAUCCAAGCAUAACUCAGCCAGACUUCUCUGUGUCAGAUGACCUGACCUCUGUGACCUCAAGUCUCCACAAGCAGAACAAGCCCAAUGCUGUUCCUCUGCACAGGAAGCAUAUGGUAUUAGGGAGUGUGGGAUAUGGUGAACAUGUUUAUACAUGGGAUAUUGAGGUGGGAAAUAGUCGCCACUGGACCCUUGGAGUGUGUCUUAGAUCGGUGGAAAGAUCUGUUGUGCAACCACUGACCCCUGAAAACGGCUACUGGGGUCUCAAACGUGAUGGAGACUCAUACAAAUUGCUGACCACUGGGAAUUCAAAAUUAAACAUGAAGGUAAAUCCACAAGUUGUGAGAGUGAAGCUUGUGUAUCACUAUGGAAUUUUUCAGGAGCUGAAAUUAUGGAGGAAGGUGAUCUUUUCUGAUGCCAGGAGUGAUUCAUUUAUUGCAGAGUUUACUAGAGUGCCGCUGGAGAAUAAACUCUUUCCCUUUCUGAUCCCAGAAGAUCAGUCCGUCCCUCUACGUGUUGCCCCAGCUAAAGUUAUUUUGACUGCUGAACGGAAACUAUCUCUUCUGGAAAUACAUGGAGACCGGUUCUUCAUCUGUAUUGGUUUUAUUUUGGCUAUUCCGAUUCUGAUUCUGUUUUGUCUUAUAUACUUUAACAUCAAAUUAAUAUGUUCUAAAAUAUGAAAAAAGAUCUAAAAGUCAUCUUCUAAAAGCUACUGUAAAUGUAAUCACUGUUUCAGAGGAUUCAUCCAGAUUCAUCCUGAAAUGUGUUUUCUCCCUGAACAAUUUAUCAAAGAGAUAAAAUCACCACUUAAUUAUUACUAUUAUUACUCUUACUGAUGGUAUUUUUGGUCACUUUUAGACAAACUUUUAAGAAAAUUAGCAAAAGGCAAAAAUAAAAAAAUUAAAAAUAAUUUCACUGUCAUUUGAAGCAAAAAUCAAAAAUCUUUUUAAAUUCUUGUUAAAAGAGCAUUGUUCAGCCAUUUAGCGAAGCAGAUUGCUGUAGCAUAUAUAUUUAGCCUAGGAGUGGGGUCUUCCUUCAUUUUUCAUUUUUUGUAGAUGGUGUUCAAAUGGUAGCUUAGUAAAUUUGCUGGACAUCAAAUAUUCAAUUUCUGUACUCUUCAUAUUUAAGAUUGUAAGUUGGUACAUUAUAAUAAUACAUCAUAUAAUUUACAUCUCUGCAGUGAUUGGUUGAUAUGCCAAUGGAGGCUAGCCUCCUCUGCAAUGUUUUUUCUCAUCACUCUAACCACUGAAAGUGGUUAUUGGCUUAUUUUUGUUUUAGGAGGCAAAAGCCUUCACACAGGAGUGUGCCGUCCCCUCAUAUGUGUUUUUCAUAGGCACACAUGACAUGAAAUGUGUUCGCAGUCGGUGUAGGACGGAGUAUGUUGUUUAAAAAAAUAGACAAGCUGUGCAGUUUCACAAAGCCUUCAUUAUUAUGUACAGAAGUAAAAAAAAAUUGUAACUGGCAAUGGCCUUGAAAUUAUUGUUUUGCUAAAUUAAGAUGGUCUUUAGUCUAACAUAAAUUAUGUGUAUGCUGUGUUAUUUUAAUUUUUGUUUUAUUGAAGAUUGUAUAUAAUUGUUAAGUGAUUUGGCUCACAAUCUUAUGUUGUUACUGUUUAUAUGUAAUUUCCCAUUGUAUUGGUUUGGUCAAACCAUUAGCUCAGGUAAUCUAAAAAUGUGCUUCAUCUGGUAACAUGAUGGUUUUAUUUGAGUCAAAAUACAUUGAUAGUUAAUACAUUGUCUAUUAUUAAUUAAUAUGAUUACUUCAAGCUGACUUUAUUAGGUUUCAGCAGUGAAAGUAACAGGUGAAAAUGGUUCUUUAAUGUAACAGCAGUAUGGUGUAACACUGGGUUAUUGGUUUUCAAUCAGUAAAUCUUUGCAUGUGGUACAUCACAUUAACUGUUUUAUCAUUCUAGUUCAGUUUGAUAGAGAGUCAGAUCCAUACGCUAAACAUUCAUAUGAUCCACUGAUUCAAUGUGUGAUUUAAGCUACUUUGAUGUGCUAUUGGAAAUUUGGAAACCUGCUUCCCUUAUGAAGUUGUGAUUAUGAGCUCUUUGCAUUCAGUUGCUUUGUCGGUGUAACAGGGGAGGAACAAGUGGAGCUAAGAACCAGCAAAGGGGAGUAGGCAGAGUUGAGGACCAACAGAGUGGAGCAGAAGAUCACCAGGGC